UCCUUCCUUGAUGUCUGCUAUUCCUCAGUCACUCUCCCUAACAUGCUGAAGAUCUUCAUAACAGAUAAGACCACAAUUUCUUUCAAUGGCUGCAUUGCCCAGAUGUGCUUCAUUCUUCUGACAGGCUGCACUGAAAUUUUCAUGCUCUCAGCGAUGGCUUACGACCGAUAUGCUGCCAUAUGUCACCCACUGCAUUAUGCAACAACUAUGAAUAUACAAUUUUGCAGUCAAUUGGUGGGUGGUGCCUGGUCAAUUAGCUUAUUUUAUUCACUGGUAAACACUGUUCCUGUGUCAUAUUUACACUUCUGUGGGCCAAAUCAUGUCAGUGGUUUCAGUUGUGAGUUCCCUUCUCUGUUAGAUUUGUCCUGCAUGAAGACCCUCCUCAAUGAAAAGUGGUUUAUCACUUCUGCAGCAAUUUUAGGAUUGAUUGCAUUCCCCCCCCCUACUGUGAUCUCCUACAUCCACAUCAUCUCCACCACCUUGAGAAUACGUUCCGUGGAGGGCAGGCGUAAAGCCUUCUCCACCUGCAGCUCCCACCUCAUCGUUGUGACCUUAUACUAUGGGACUGCUUUAUUUAGAUACUUGAGACCCAACUCAGCCUCCUCAGUUGUUCUAGACAGGAUGUUAUCCAUCCAGUACGGCAUCUUAACCCCCAUGUUAAACCCCGUCAUCUACAGCCUGAAAAAUAAGGAGGUGAAAGCAGCUCUGAGGAGAAUAUUGGGAGGGAAAUCUCAUAUUUGUCAUGUAAUAUAA